AUGGCAAAUGUUCCGGAAAAGUGCACCGUGCUGGUCAUUGGUGGCGGACCAGCAGGCUCUUACUCUGCCUCGGCCCUUGCUCGUGAAGGCAUUGACGUUGUCCUUCUUGAAGCGGACAAGUUUCCCAGGUACCACAUUGGCGAGAGCAUGCUCCCCUCCAUGCGACAUUUCCUCAAGUUUAUCGACGCAUACGAGAAGUGGGAUGCCCAUGGCUUCAACAUCAAGAAAGGAGGUGCUUUCCGCCUCAACUGGUCUCGGCCAGAAACCUACACCGACUUCAUUGCAGCUGGUGGUCCCGGUGGUUAUGCCUGGAAUGUGGUCCGAUCCGAGGCAGACGAGCUGCUGUUCAAGCACGCAGCGGAGUGCGGCGUCAAGACGUUUGACGAGACCAAGGUGGCCUCAAUUGAGUUUGCUCAGGCUGCUCCAGAUUCCCAGACCCCCGGCCGACCCGUCUCUGCCACCUGGACUCGUAAAGAUGGAAGUUCAGGCACGAUUGCCGUCGAUUACAUCGUUGAUGCUUCUGGCCGAGCAGGCGUCAUCAGCACCAAGUAUCUGAAGAACCGGUCGUAUAACCAGGGCCUCAAGAACGUUGCAAGCUGGGGCUAUUGGACGAAUGGUGGCGUCCACGGUGUUGGAACACACAAGGAGGGCGCCCCGUACUUUGAAGCCCUCAAAGACGGCAGCGGCUGGGUUUGGUUCAUCCCCCUUCAUAAUGGCCGCCACUCUGUGGGAAUUGUGCAGAACCAGGAGAUGGCUACCAAGAAGAAGCGAGAAAUGGCCGAGCCUUCAUCCAAAGGCUUCUACCUCCAGUCUCUGGACCUUGUUCCCGGCAUCAAGGAGCUUCUCGCCAAUGCCGAACUCGUCUCCGACAUCAAGUCGGCCUCUGACUGGUCGUACAGCGCCUCCCAGUAUGCUUUCCCCGGUGUCCGCAUCGCCGGAGACGCUGGAUCCUUCAUCGACCCUUUCUUCUCCUCGGGAGUUCACUUGGCUCUUUCAGGCGGUCUGUCGGCGGCCACGACCAUCUCGGCGGCUAUUCGAGGUGACUGCAGCGAGGAGGCCGCGGCUUCAUGGCACGAUAAGAAGACGGCUGAAAGCUACACUCGCUUCCUCGUCGUCGUGUCUAGUGCCUUGAAGCAGAUUCGCUCCCAAGAUGAGCCUGUCAUCAGCGACUUUGAUGAAAAGACUUUUGAGCGAGCAUUCGAUCUGUUCAGACCCAUUAUCCAAGGCCAGGUCGAUGCAGACGCCAAAGGAAAGCUGACCCAAGCCGAGAUCUCCAAGACUGUGGAGUUCUGCUUCAAGGCCUUCGCCCACGUCUCGUUCGAGGAGAAGGAAGCCCUAGUGAAGAAGCUCAAGGACCUCGGCCUCGAUGGCGACGCCUACGACGAGAAGAACCGCAAGGCUCUCGAUGAGCUUGAGAAGAAGCUGACGCCUGAAGAGCAGUCUAUCCUGCAGACCCUCAAGGGACGCCGCAUGGUUCGACCUGAGGAUUCUCUCAAUAUUGACAACUUCACUCUCGAUUCCAUCGAUGGUUUUGCGCCUCGCCUUGAGCGUGGAAAGCUGGGGUUGGCCGCAGCCAAGAAGGCCAAGGUUGACUUUACACGGCAUGAUCCGCUUUCGUAUCUUAAUGGCGAGUCGAAGACAGCGAAGAAGGCGUCACAAAAUGGUCAUGCCGAGACCAAUGGCCAUGGAAGCGUCGCCACCAACGGAGACAAGCCUGUAAAUGGACACACCAAGGUCGAGGAGCGACCCCUUUCAGACCUCGUUGCAGACCUCGCGGCGACCGAAAAGAGCCUCAAGCCAGCAUCUCUCGACGAAGCCAGCAGACACCGCUUGAUUGCGUCGCUGCAGGAGUCGGCAGAGGAGCUUGAGACUCCAUAUGAUACCAUGUUACGCUUUGUCAACUCCGGACGGCAAAUUGCCCUCAUCAAGAUCGGUGGUGAUCUCGGAAUCUUCAAGUCCCUUUCGGAGAGCAAGACUCCCCUCAGCUCAACUGACCUCGCCAAGCCCACCAUGGCCGAUCCAUCCCUGGUCAGCCGCAUCAUGCGCUACCUGGUAGCCAAUCGCCUGGUUGGGGAGGCCGGGCCGGACCAGUACAUUGCCAGAAAGGCUACGCACUCCUUGGCUGACCCUCGCAUUGAGAGCCCCAUGCGCUUCUUCCACGCCGUCAGCAACCCUGCUUUCCAGGCCCUUCCUGACUUUCUGAAGGAGACGGGAUACCAGAACCAGACGCAGAGCUCUGCGCUCCAGAAGGGCCUUGACACAGAGCUGGGCCUCUUCCCCUGGCUGAAGCAGCACCCGGAUCUGCUGAAAGACUUUCAGAGCCUCAUGGGCAUCCCCAAAGAGGGAAACUGCCUCGACGUGAUCCCCCUUGACAGCUCCGCGACCAGUGAUCAUCAGGGACCAGUAUUCGUGGACAUUGGCGGCAAUACUGGCCACCAGGCGAAGCACUUGUUGGCCAAGUACCCCGAGCUGGCUGGUCGAGUCAUUGUCCAGGAUCGUGAGGAGACGAUCAAGAGUGCCUCGGACGCCAAGGGGAUUCAGUUGAUGGCGCAUGAUUUCUUCACCCCUCAACCUGUGAAGGGAGCCAAGUACUACUACCUGCGCGCUAUUCUUCACAAUUGGGAUGACGACAAGGCUGCUCAGAUCCUGGCCAACAUUGUUCCCGCCAUGUCAGCUGACUCUAUGGUCUUGAUCGACGAGGUCGUCAUUGCAGACCAGGGAGCUCACGUCUGGCCUGCCGGACUCGACCUCCAGAUGUACACCCUCUUCGGCGCCUCUGAGCGCACAGCAGCACAAUGGGAUGCUAUCCUCCAGAAGGCUGGCCUUCGUCCAGUGGCUGUGAAGAAGUACGCUCCGGUCAUGGGAAGCUCCGUCAUCUUCGCUGCCCCAAAGGUCGUAAAUGAGAGUAUGGAUGCCAAGUAUGCCGUGGUGGACACAUUUGUUGCUGAGCCGACAACUGUGGCUUGCAGUUGA